UGGCUAGGGAAUUUCUAGGAUCGCGCGCCAGCAGCCAAUCAGAAGCCGGCUCGACCGCGACGAACUCGUCCGCCUUUCUAGGUGUUCCACGCACCUCGUGACUGUCAAAACUGCACGGGCGAUCAUUGUUUGAUCGCGUUUUGCGGCUCGUGUCACUCGGCGUCAAUGUUUACGCGCGGAAUGUCAGGUCGAUAGCGCGCGCGUGUAUGUGUGUGUGUGCGUGUGUGUAUGACAAGCGUGUUUAUAAUAUAUACGUGAAAGAAGUACGAACGAGUUUACGAUCAACGAAGGCUUCCGAUCGAGAUUACAAGUUCUCGGACACGUGUUCGGCUCGUGAGCGAUUUGCGGGUUUUCCGCGAUCUGUUUCGCGAUUUUGACAGGAAAUGCCGGUGAAGAGCGACGACGAGGCGUCAUCUCGUUCGAGCGAGUGAUCGUAAACGCCGACUUCCCUCAGGAGGUAUACAAGCGUCGUUUUUCCUCGGGAAAGGGGGCAGAAAAAGAGUUUCGCGCGAGGUGUCUAUGGGAUACAACGUCGUCCACCGGGAGAUGAUACGCACGAGGGAGGAAUUCGCGGAGAAAUUGGGCUUCGACGCCGAAGAACAGCACGGGAUCAUGAACAACAUGGUAGACGCCAGGGCCUGUUACAAGCCCAGCGGCAAAUCGUGGUUUCGCGGUGUUCGAAGCAGCAAAUUUCGGCACGUUUACGGUGUGCCGGCCAAAAGGGAAAAAUGUUACGACAACAUCAAGAUCACGAAGAACGCCCACGAUUCGCAAUUCUGCGCCGUAAAUCCCAAGUUUCUGGCCGUCGUGACGGAAGUUGCGGGUGGCGGAGCAUUCCUGGUUUUAUCGUUGGAUCGUACCGGACGACUCGACUUCAAUGCCAGUCGAGUAACUGGACAUACCGGUCCCGUUUUGGACAUCAAAUGGAAUCCAUUUAACGACAACAUCAUUGCAUCCUGUUCCGAUGAUUGCACUAUAAAAUUGUGGCAUAUACCUGAUGGUGGGUUGUCGAGAAACUUGACUGAAUGGUUGGUGGAAUUGCAAGGGCACAAACGACGCGUCGCUUAUAUCGAAUGGCAUCCGGUAGCGGAAAAUGUACUCUUCAGUGCCGGUUUCGACCAUCUUGUUAUCGUGUGGGAUGUAAACAGAUGUGAAGCAGUGAGUGUCAUCGACAGACAUCCCGAUGUGAUCUACAGCAUAUCCUUAAAUCGAGAUGGCAGCUUGUUAGCAACCACGUGCAAGGAUAAGAAAUUGCGCGUUUUUGAACCGAGGUCCGGUAUUGUCGUUUCGGAAGGGGUGUGUCAUGCCGGUACAAAAGCGAGCAAAGUUGUAUUCCUCGGCAGUUCUGGACGUCUCUUGACUACUGGAUUUAGCAGACACUCGGACCGACAGUAUGCAAUAUGGAGCCAGCAUGAUCUAACUGUUCCAUUGAUGUGUGAAACGAUAGAUUCUUCGAGUGGGGUGGUUUUUCCAUUUUAUGAUAACGAUACCAACAUGGUGUUCUUAGCAGGAAAGGGCGAUGGUAAUAUUCGAUAUUACGAAGUAGUCAAUGAGGCACCUUGGAUGCAUUACCUUAGUCAAUUCAUAUCUGGAAAUCCUCAAAGAGGAUUAGGAAUAAUGCCAAAAAGAGGAAUCAAUACCGCUAUGUGCGAGGUGUUUAGAUUUUACAAGCUGCACGCGACUCGCGGAAUGUGUGAGCCAAUUUCGAUGAUAGUACCUCGAAAGAGUGAUCAAUUCCAAGAAGAUCUAUAUCCUGACACAAUUGGAACGUGUCCCGCACUGUCGGCCAGAGACUGGAUCAGCGGCAUGAAUAGUCCGCCAAUCUUAAUCUCUCUUAAAACAGGUGGAAGCAUUUCGACGCACAAGCCACGAAUAUACAAACCACCGCAAUUGCCUGCGACUACCGAUCUGAAUAAUAAAAAGAAAUUCGCGUUUCUGUCUACUGAAACAAUACCUGAUUAUAGACCGGUGGAAUUACACGACAUGUCGGAAAAAAGUCAGAAAACAUCCAGCAAUCAAAGCACAAAGUUUCAACAGCUACAGCAAAAAUUUGGAAAUGUGCAGAAAAAUAUUAUAUCAUCGCCACUUAAUGACAAUAAAGUUAUGGAGACUGUGGACGUUCCAAACAAUGAGGCGGAACUUCGAUUAGCAUUUGCUCGUCAAACCGACGAAUUAAGGCUAGUACGACGGCAGCUUGCUAAUAGUCAGCUGCGUGUCAAAGAAUUAGAGGACCAAAUACGAAAAUUACAACGCCAAUAAAGCUUAAGUUCUAACGGCUACAGCAAGUUUGCUUCGACACUGGCUUUGAGUAAGACUCGCACAGCUUUACUGCUAAACUAUAUAUAUAUAUAUAUAUAUAUAUAUA